CGAGCACGUCGAGGUCUGUUUUCUACUUAUUUUAAUACCGUUUCUUUAAAGUUAUAAUAAUUAAAACCUGAAUAAAGUUAAUAACAAACAUGAGUUUACAAUUGAGGCAAAUAAAGUGGUGUGCUAUGCUCAUCCCGAUGCACCGCUUAUUGAGGAUUAUAGAGCGGGUGACAUGAUAUGUUCAGAAUGCGGACUUGUGGUUGGAGACAGAGUAAUAGACGUGGGUUCAGAAUGGCGUACCUUCAGCAAUGAGAAAUCUGGUGUAGACCCUUCCCGUGUGGGUGGUCCAGAAAACCCCCUCCUAUCAGGUGGGGAUCUAUCCACAAUCAUCGGCCCUGGUCGAGGAGAUGCUUCGUUUGACAGUUUUGGAGUAUCCAAAUAUCAGAAUAGAAGGAACAUAAGCAGUACAGACAGGGCGCUAAUAAACGCCUUCAGAGAAAUUAAUACAAUGGCGGACCGAAUCAACUUGCCCAAAACUAUUGUGGACAGAGCAAAUAAUUUGUUUAAACAGGUGCACGACGGCAAGAACUUAAAAGGCCGGGCGAAUGACGCAAUCGCUUCCGCGUGCCUCUACAUAGCGUGUAGGCAAGAAGGCGUGCCGCGUACCUUCAAGGAAAUCUGCGCCGUCAGCAAAAUCAGCAAGAAAGAAAUCGGCAGAUGCUUCAAACUCAUCCUGAAGGCAUUAGAGACGUCCGUGGAUCUGAUCACUACAGCCGACUUCAUGAGUCGGUUCUGCUCCAACCUGGCUCUGCCGAACUCCGUGCAAAGGGCCGCCACACAUAUCGCGAGGAAAGCUGGCGAGUUGGAUAUCGUGUCGGGAAGGAGUCCUAUAUCGGUCGCCGCUGCCGCUAUUUAUAUGGCGUCGCAGGCUUCAGAAGACAAGCGCAGCCAAAAAGAGAUCGGCGACAUUGCUGGUGUGGCUGACGUCACAAUCAGACAGUCCUACAAACUCAUGUACCCGUUCGCAGCCAAGCUAUUCCCGGACGACUUCAAAUUCGCCACUCCUAUCGAGUUCCUGCCGCAAAUGUGAAUGUCAUGUGUUAAUGUGUGUAUAGACCCCGACUCAGAACACCCCACCCGACUCCGAGACGCGCGCUCUCACAACCCAGACACUAAAUACACCCAAUGCGGUUUGGUGUCGGGUGUUGUGUAAUCCGGUCAUAUAAUUCAGUGGGAUUGGAAAAACACAUAAGCCAUUUGAAUUUAAAUAUAUAAAUGUUAACGUUGAAAUGUAUACUGUAUUGUAUUCUAUCAUGUAUAUAACGCAAUUUAUAUAGACGUUUGAUAUAAAAGAAAACAGUACUAAACCGAUUGAGACUUUACACUUUUGAAUAAUUAUGAGUAUUUUUGUAGAUUUCCAGAAACACAAUACCAACAGGUAAACCUUGGUGUCUGGUGUUAGUAGUAUUUUUCUUGCCAUAGAAAAAAACUACUAUCUGAAUUCACUCAACACACUUCUUUUGAAGUCGUGUGCCACAAAUAUUAUGUUUCCGGCAUAGUUUUUAUGUCAAAUACAUAUUUAAUGCUGAUAAGUAAGGUAAUAGUCUAAGAUAGAACUCUUUGGGCCUUAUUAAUAAACGUGUCAUAACGUCGGAAUAGUACCGUGGUAUUUCUUCAUACUCUGCCAUUUGAAUGACGCUGUCAGUGGAAGUGUGAUAUGAUAAAGCACUGCUUUACUAUUCCAACGUUAUGUCACGUUUAUUAUUAAAAUAGUUGCACAGUAUUUCUUGACGCUUCGCUAUUUGAAAGAUGUUUGUUUGUUUGUUUGAAGUCUAUUGCACACACAAUUUAUACAAAUAUGAAUAUGAAAGAUGCUGUCAGUAGAAGUAUGAUAAAACGCUGUGUUACUUUCCGACGUUAUGCCACGUUUAUUAAUAGAGCCUUGUACCUUGUAUGCUUUUGCAAUGUAAAGUAUUGUUCUAGAAAGUAGCGGUCACAGACCAGAGAUACACCAUCAAUAGCCAACGCGACGUGGGUUUUAACAAAUGAUUUAGACUCAGCACGCAUCGCGUGUUGUGGUGUCGGGUGGGGUGCUACAAUGUGUUUCCGGCAUUUUCAUGUCAAAUGUUUAGUAAUAAGUACACCCUUGAUGAUAACUUUGUUUGAUUAUUUUUAAUUUAAAUCGUACGAGAACUUUUAAGUUCAUUUGCAUUUUAAUGUUUUUCUUUUCUGAAAUGCAUGAACAGAAAUAGCUUAUAUCUUAUUUUAAAAUCGUUUGGUACAGCUGAGCAUCGGUGGCGUGCACUACAUACAUUCGCGAAAGCACUGCAUACCCUACGUUUUGAUAUAACUCGUAUAAGAGGAUAGUUUUUUUAGCGCCAAUUUCCUGCUUUAUCCUAACCUGUUCAUAAACCCUAUGCACGCCACUGGUUGUGCACAAAAAAACAGUCAAUCGCGAGUUGGUGACACGUUGAUUAGUUUCUAAACUAAAUAAUUUUUACGUUUUCCAUUGGAAUUAAAAAAAAUAUAUAACUUUCUU